AUGGAUAAAUACAACGAGCUACACCAGGCGAUUCUUACGGCCCAGAAUCUGGCUGAAAGACCAAGUCAAGCAAUCAAGGAUUUUACAACCAGCAGUUAUACUAGUGACUUAGUUCUGUAUAAGAAAGAGUCUGUACUCUUUCCGCGUGAGGUAAUGGAGAUCAUACAUGAAGGCGAGUUUAAUAUUGGGUUGGUGGAAGGUUUGAGUUUGGUUUGGGUUGGAGCUAGGGGUCGAGUGAUUUUCUGGAACUACACAACUCUACUAGUGCAUGAGGUAGAGAUGCGGACGGAAGUAGUAGCAGUGUGUGCGGCUACACCUAAGAAAGGCGUGUUUAUGGGCAAUGUACUUGCUUGCUUGUUACUUUUUUCGGAAUCAGAUGUAUCUUUGCUUUGCUACUGCCAUGAUCCUGUGGCGUAUGUAAGCAUUGAUGUCUCGGUGCCUUUACCAGUGCAAAUGACAUGUGUUUGUGAAACAGAUGAGAGUCGUGUGUUCUUAGGGGGUGUAGAUGGCAACAUAUACGAGUUGCGGUAUGGGGAUAAGGCCUGGAUAGGUAGUCGAGGCGCCCGGAUUAUUUGCCACACUACUGGCUUGUUGGCACAUUUGCUGCCCUUUAUCUAUGCAAUGGGAAAGCGACCGGCAGUAUCACAAAUGAGUGCAACUAAACGAGGGCUUAUUGUUCUUUAUGCUGAUGGAUCUAUUGAUGCGUUUGAAACCAAGCAGAGCUUCAAGAAAGUCAGAACGGCCGACCUAUCUUCUUUAGGGCUAGGAGCAACCGAGCGAUUACAGCUGAUUCCGGUGCCAGGUGCCGGGUACGAAGCGGCCUUAGUAAGAGAAUCGGGUGCCCGAGUCUUUUUAGAUAGUUGUGGUGUGAUUAUUGGGAAGCGAGAUUUACCGGCUGGUCGUUUAGCCCGUAAUCUGCGCCGUACUCCAACUACGCCUAUUGUAGAUGAAGGAUUCUUCCCUAUUGGCCGGCACUUGGUUAUCUUAGGCCGACGAGGUCCUGAGAAUGUUAUUUCUGUGAUUAGUCCUAACUGGGAUGGCGGGAAUUGUCCUGAGAACUGCUCAAGUAUGCUCUUGGGCGGCUCGGGAUAUACUCUGGCCGGUCGAGUGCAUAAUGGUCGGCUGAAUGUUCCGACGGCUGAAACUGCCCUGCACGGGGAAGAAAUAGCCCUACUGGGUCAAGAUAAGGUUGAUGUUUACCAGUUAAUGGACGGAGUGGAGUACGUUGAUCGAGCCAGUACAUCUCCUGAUGCCUUCUUUUCCUAUAAGCAAAGAAGUGGAGUUGAACAUACUUUGCUGGUUGGGUUGUAUGGUAUUUGCUUAGGUAUGGCAGCUAGUGCCGUAGAGACUUUGUUCCGGAAACACACUGCGUUACACCUGAAGGUUAUUUCAGAGUGUUUAGGUGUGAUUAUUUAUCGCUUAUGGAUGGUGCCGCUGGCUGACGUUGUAGCAGGUACUGCGCCGGGUGGAGCGAGCGGGUAUCUAGACGAUUUGACUGAGGCUUUAGAGCGCUUAAAGCGUCUUAAGGCGUUUGUGGUACGUGAAGCGCCCGAUGUUGAAGCACUGAGAAUUCCUAACAGUCCGGCCACAGUUAUUGAUUUAUUAAGUGAUGCUAUUGAACUCCUUUCCUUUAUUGAGAUUCUGUUAGAGACUGAACUUCCCCAUAUCUUAAGAGAGGCCGAGAAAAACGUGGCUUCUGUUUCGUUGAUCAGCUUAGCGUCACUAAUACAUCCGUUCUCCAUGGAAAGACGAGCGGUGCUUGAAGCACUUAUUGAAGUGUAUUUACAUAGGAAGUCCUCGAUUGAAGAAGUAUCUACUGCCUUGAACGAGAAGUGUCCUUCUUUGUUUGCGGUGAGUGAGACUCUCCUGCUGAAGGGCAAGGAGGCGCUAGAACGAGCAAUGAUGUCCGAAAGCUUAGAAGAUCGCAACUGGUACUUAGAGAAGAGUCUUGGUUUCUUCCAGAAGACCUCCAAGGCCCAUCUAGGGUAUAUUAUUGAGGCUUAUGACAAAGCCAAAUAUUCUAAGGGUAUAUUAAGGACGGUUACUAUGUACUUUGCGGAGAUGAACCAGCAGGAGGUGAAUAAGUAUCUGUCUAAGCUGGAGUGUACGGUUGACUUGUUAAAAGAAGCCUUGAAAGACGAGCGAUCGGCUUUCUGCAACGCUAUCUUAGACUCGGUCAUUGAACGGAUCAAGGAAGAUGCUGCUUCACCAGAAGUUCUGCUGGAUGUUAAAUCGCCCUAUCUUGAGGAGUACUUGGACCGGCUGGAAAGUACUAGUGAUAAUCUAACUCUUUGUGAUCUGGUUUGGAAGUACCAUCUUCGGAAUGGCAAUUACAAAACAGCCUCACUCUAUCUAUUCAAAGCGGCCGAACGUAAAGUGCCUUUUAUUCUCUUACAACAACGAAUUGAGUACUUGGCCUUGGCGGGAACUAUGCAGCAGGCCGCUAAUGGUGCCCGGCAGGAAGAAGUUGUCAUGGGUCGCAUUCGUGAGUUCACACCGGCCCUAGGGACCUCUGCGCGUGAGCGUUUGGAUAUGGCUCAGAAGCAGGCUAGUGUAAUGGCCGCAGUUGCAAGUAUCUAUGAGCCGGGUAAAGCUACUCGGGCCCAGGAGUUCCAUAUUGAUGAAGUCUUCACUCGGAUGGAGAAUGAACUGCUUGGCUAUGAAGAGCUCUUUGACAUCUGUGUUCGUUGUGGCUUCUCCCUUCUAGCUCUAGUUAUCUCCAAGGCCGGUGUUAUUGAUGAUGAGGCAUUGAACAAGACCCUUUGGGAAGAUGCGCUAUCUGGUGAUUACGCCCAAAACGUUGCUUUGUUGAAAGGUAACCGGGAUAUUUCGGCCUCAGCUCGCUUGGAACUCCUAGUGAGCAUUCUGCUCAAGAAACGAUUAGCUGAAACGGAAGCUGAGAACAUGGGCGAAGUCCUUUACUCUUUAGGCUUCCCGCCAAUAGCUAUUGCACGGGUGAUGGAAGGCAUGGCAUCUAGUCCAGAGUAUGCUGACCCGCAUAGUAAGCGAACGAUUCUUAAGGAAGCAGUGACUUUCUGUGAAUCGCGCUCAUUGCCGGAAAUCUCCCAUCGUCUGCUAGCCAUUCAAUCUUCUCUAGGCCUUAUUUAA